CCACUAAAAAACGAAGCGGCCCCUAGUCAUUUUACGGAGAAUAUCCUAAAGCAGUUUCUAUGACAAGCAUUAUAGCUCGAAGCUAUUGUCUCAUCUCUUAACUUGUGCUAUUAUACCUAGAUCCAUCACUGGGACCAAUCAAGUUGGCGUAGGUCAGAAUGUAACCCCAGACAAUGAUGCAUAGCCAGGCUAUGCCAUGAUUGCAUUCCUGGUAGUCCUUUUCAUUUCAAAAUGAUGCUCCUCCCACAUCAUAGCCACCAGCUUAAACCUCUCGGAGGUGUAUGCAGCUUCGGACCAGGCCUUUAGAUAACCGUCCCCUCCACCAAAUUACAGGCUUGCUACCUUUCGUCCUUAUGCAUUGAGUCAUCUCAUCCAUUCUACAAGAUGAAUCCAUUCGUUUCUAAGGCGAUUGCCUACCUGCUAUUGUCGUUCUUCUCACUUGUUCUGGCGCAAGGCGACGGCUAUAUCGGCUACGAGCUGAAUAAGCGGGGAGAUCCCGAGUCGGUCAACUACGAAACUGCAGAUACGCCUGGCGUCGUGCUUCCCGAGGAGCCAGAUGUGUAUCUCAAUGCCUCCGUAUCAGUCGGCGAGAUAGAUAUCGAGGUCGACAACAUCACUGCCAAAAUUAAUCUCGAUGCUAAAGUUUUGAAUCUGCUGCAUUUCACCGCCGGCGUCGACGCUUCGAUCGACAGGGUUUCCCUUAGGAUCGAGAACGUGAGCGCCAAGGUGGAGCUCGAGGCACGACUUGGAAAUGUCGUGCAGAUGGUGGGAGAUGUACUCAACACAAUCGAUCUAAAUCCCAUUGUCGCGACUCUAGGGAAGAAUGUCGGGAGCAUCGUGGGAAAUGUUACAGACGAGCUUGGAGACAGCUCGACUUCAUCAUCGAGUACGGCUUCCGCAACCAACACCAAACGCGACUCACUAGAUUACAAUCUAGUCCACAACAUCCUCUACUCUGUCAACGACUAUUCCGGUCAGACACAUACUAAUCGUAUUCUGGCACAGAACGGGAGCAUAUAUGACUCGUUCCUUGACAAUGACGGCAAUGAGCAUGGUCGUCGGGUCGUAGGCUUCUACAGCCGAGAUAUGACUUUCACGGGUCACAACCGAACCAUUACUAUCGAUGGCAAGACAGAAUUCGAAUUAUCUUACGAAUACAAGCCCUUCCCCGGCUUAGAUGCCGUGGCAAACAUAUAUGUUACACCCGCAGGACAAGUGGUCAAGACACAAGUGAUCGCGGAGGCAGAAGGCGGCGGUACUAGCACCAUUAGUGACGACGACGCCGAUCAAGGUCUAUAAUUCAAAUAUACGCUAGAAUAAUAAAUACCCAUGAACUCAAAUAUCAGACUUCAAAUUUGCCCUCGUCAAAAACUCCAGGAUCUGUUCGGAGAUUCGACUUAGAAGGAAUAUACUAUAUGUGCUAGCAUCUAUUCGAGACACUACGAAGAAUCCCCUGUAGAUCUGACUUCGCUGCGUCGAUCGGUCUGAUUUGUCUCCUUUUCUCCACAGUCAUCUAGAGCAUCCACUAUGAUCGGAUCUCUCCGACCCCACCAUUCAUCUCAGAAGACGCCGUCGAUUUUUUUUUAGCCUUCUCGCUUAUAAACAGAAUUUCUUAAC